CUCUCUGAUUCCCCAUAGCGAUUAAUCCGAGCACUGCAGUUGUCAGUAGCUACAGUACGUUUUCCCGGGUCCAUGUUGAAGUUUGUUAACCCAGACUUUCUCGCAUACUCGCUUCGUCAGGUCAUUCCAGGGCACGCGUUGCAUCCGUUUGACCCCGCUCACAGGUAGAAGAAAACCGACUACACCCGCGCGAACUCAGUUAGAGAGGAAUGCACCAGUGGAGUGUUGGAAAAUAACAUUUCUGUUUGCCGACCUGCGUAUGAGGGCUCUGUCUGGUGGGGCUCGGCAGCUCCUCAACCCGGCCUGGAGACUCCUCGGCUCCCUCUCUCCCUACCUCCCUCUGGCUCCAAUGGUGUAAGCUGACGCAUCACCGUGGGGGAUUCUGACACUCUGCACACAGCCCAGUAUCAGAAGGCAGGGGAGGGUAUGAGAAUGGUGUCUAGUCCCUGAAGCCCAGCAGCAUGUCAGAGCAAGGAGACAAAUGCACCACCCCCCGCUGGAAACAUGAGGCCAUGCAAAAUGGGUACAUCCCCAGUUACCUGGACAAGGACGAGUUAUGUGUAGUAUGUGGGGAUAAAGCUACAGGAUAUCACUAUCGCUGUAUCACCUGUGAAGGAUGCAAGGGUUUCUUCCGGCGGACGAUCCAGAAGAACCUGAACCCGACGUACGCUUGUAAGUACGAGGCAAAGUGCGUCAUCGAUAAGGUGACCAGGAACCAGUGCCAGGAAUGCCGCUUCAAGAAGUGCAUCGCUGUCGGCAUGGCAACAGACUUGGUGCUGGACGACAGCAAGCGGCUCGCCAAGCGGAAGUUGAUCGAGGAGAACCGUGAGCGGCGGCGGAAGGAUGAGCUCCAGAAGACGGUGUGGGACCGGCCUGAGCCGUCCCAGGAGGAGUGGGACCUGAUCCGCAUGGUCACCGAGGCCCACAUGUCAACUAACGCCCAGGGCAACCACUGGAAACAGAAACGCAAGUUCUUGGUCGAGGAAGCAAUGCUACUUAAUGAAAUAACAUGUAAUUUAUUCUAUACUUCUGACCAGAGUGCAGUGGGGGUGAAGGAAACCAAGCCUGAGGACAUUGGUCAAGCACCGGUCAUAAAUGCACCUGAAGGGAGCAAAGUGGACAUUGAAGCCUUCAGUCAGUUUACAAAAAUUAUCACCCCCGCCAUUACCCGAGUGGUGGACUUUGCCAAAAAGCUGCCUAUGUUCUGUGAGCUGCCUUGUGAAGACCAGAUUAUCCUAUUGAAAGGCUGCUGCAUGGAGAUCAUGUCUUUACGGGCGGCCGUUCGCUAUGACCCCGAGAGCGAGACGCUGACACUUAACGGGGAGAUGGCCGUGACCCGCGGCCAGCUGAAGAACGGAGGCCUGGGUGUGGUGUCGGAUGCCAUCUUUGAUUUGGGCGUGUCGCUGUCGUCGUUCCACCUGGACGACUCUGAGGUCGCUCUGCUACAGGCCGUCAUCCUGCUGUCCUCCGACCGCCCGGGGCUGACCAGCGUGGAGCGUAUUGAGCGCUGUCAGGAGGAGUUCCUUCUGGCCUUUGAACAUUACAUCAACUACCGCAAACACAAGGUGGCGCAAUUCUGGCCCAAGCUGCUGAUGAAGGUGACGGACCUGCGGAUGAUCGGGGCGUGCCACGCCUCCCGCUUCCUGCAUAUGAAGGUGGAGUGCCCCAACGAACUGUUCCCCCCACUCUUCCUGGAGGUUUUUGAGGAUUGACGGACAGAUGGGCCCACACACCCUGCCGAGGUGUGUGUCAGAGUGUGUGUGUGUGCGUGGGCGCCUGGCCGGGGCUACGACAGUGGGCCUCAGAGUGGCUCUAGGCGUCUUGGGACACGUUGUUGGAACUCUCAUUAGCACUACUGAGUCACUUCAUUCCAUACCUUAGGUGUAGCCUAGCUUCUCAGCCUAGUUCUUAUGGAUGGAACCAUCCCUUAUGAUGCGGGUACAUGUGAAUAGCAUUUUCUUUUGGUUUUUCUUUUGUAAAUGUUUCACUUCUCAGUUCCUUCUCUAUAAGUUUUUGUUGUGUUAAUUGUACAGUCUAAUUUCUGUCGUUGACGGUGCUCGUUCAGUCAGUCAUACAAACCAACAUGUAGUGUUUAAUUUUAGUCCAUUUUAAUACCGAAUGCUGACUCCACCAACACUGAGAAGGUCAGUGACAGACAGCAGAAGCCAGCUAACCAGCAUUAUUCCCUUCCAUUUCGCAUUCUCUUCCUACGAUACUUCCCCAGUCAAGGGAUGUGGAGUAGCUUUCAUACAGGUGUCCUUCUGAUGCUGGUGUUCUGUGAGAGCUACAGUUGAAGUCGGAAGUUUACAUACACUUAGGUUGGAGUCAUUAAAACUUGUUUUUCAACCACUCCACAAAGUUCUUGUUAACAAACUAUAGUUUUGGCAAGUCGGUUAGGACAUCUACUUUGUGCAUGACACAAGUCAUUUUUCCAGCAAUUGUUUACAGACAGAUUAUUUCACUUAUAAUUCACUGUAUCACAAUUCCAGUGGGUCAGAAGUUUACAUACACUAUAUUGACUGUGACUUUAAACAGCUUGGAAAAUUCUAGAAAAUUAUGUCAUGGCUUUAUAAGCUUCUGAUAGGCUAAUUGACAUCAUUUGAGUCAAUUGGAGGUGUACCUGUGGAUGUAUAUCAAGGCAUACCUUUAAACUCAAUGCUUCUUUGCUUGACAUCAUUGGAAAAUCCAAAGCUAUCAGCCAAGCCCUCAGGAAAAAAAUGGUGGACCUCCACAAGUCUGGUUCAUCCUUGGGAGCAAUUUCCAAAAGCCUGAAAGUACCAGGUUCAUCUGUACAAACAAUAGUAGGCAAGUAUAAUGGGACCAUGCAGCCGUCAUACCGCUCAGGAAGGACACACGUUCUGUCUCCUAGAGAUGGACAUACUUUGGUGCGAAAAGUGCAAAUCAAUCCCAGAACAACAGCAAAGGACCUUGUGAAGAUGCUGGAGGAAACAGGUACAAAACUAUCUAUAUCCACAGUAAACGAGUCCUAUAUCGACAUAACCUGAAAGGCCGCUCAGCAAGGAAGCUGAAACCGGCAUAAAAAAUUGUGGUUUGCAACUGCACAUGGUGACAAACAUCAUACUUUUUGGAGAAAUGUCCUCUGGUCUGAUGAAUCAAAAAUUGAACUGUUUGGCCGUAAUUAUCAUUGUUAUGUUUGGAGGAAAAAGGCAGAGGCUUGCAAGCUGAAGAACACCAUCCCAACAUUGAAGCACGGGGGUGGCAGCAUCAUGUUGUGGGGGUGCUUUGCUGCAGGAGGGACUGGUGCACUUCACAAAAUGGCAUCAUGAGGGAGGAAAAUUAUGUGGAUAUAUUGAAGCAACAUCUCAAGACAUCAGUCAGGAAGUUCAAGCUUGGUCGCAAAUGGGUCUUCCAAAUGGACAAUGACCCCAAGCAUACAUCCAAAGUUUUGGCAAAAUGGCUUAAGGACAACAAAGUCAAGGUAUUGGAGUGGCCAUCACAAAGUCCUGACCUCAAUCCUUUAGAAAAUUUGUGGGCAGAACUGAAAAGGCAUGUGCGAGCAAGGAGGCCUACUAACCUGACUCAGUUAAACAGCCCCCUGUCAGGAGGAAUGGGACAAAAUUCACCCAACUUAUUGUGGGAAGCGUGUGGAAGGCUACCCGAAAUGUUUGACCCAAGUUAAAAAAUGUCAAGGCAAUGCUACCAAAUAUUGAUUGAGAGUAUGUAAACUUCUGACCCACUGGGAAUGUGAUGAAAGAAAUAAAAGCUGAAAUAAAUCAUUCUCUCUACUAUUAUUCUGACAUUUCAGAUUCUUAAAAUAAAGUGGUGAUCCUAACUGACUUAAGACAGGGAAUUGUUACUAGGAUUAAAUGUCAGGAAUUGUGAAAAACCGAGUUUAAAUGUAGUUGGCUAAGGUGUAUGUAUAUUUACAACUUCAACUGUAUAUCUAUACCUGCUCAGUGCUGCCAUCCUGCAACAUUCAAAUACACUCUGACUGUACUCACAUCCUUCACGCCAUAGAAAUAGAAAUAGUAGAACAGGCAUUCCCAUUCAAGUAAAUGUUCUGUAAUGGGAUGGGUGGACCUGCAGCUAUUCUUAUUCUAAUUAUAUUACUAUGAUUCCCACCACAAGCUCCCACAUGAGUAGACCCGAUCACAUUUCUAACAAUGGAAAGGCACAACACUAUACAACUCGUCCACAGAGAAACAGCUAUCUAAAAGACGUCUUGUUUCUCCUCUUCUGUGUUAAACCUAAACGAUCAGGACAGAUAUAAAAGCACAAUUUGACAUGAAGUCGGCAAAAAGACUGAAGCCGUUCUAUAACUAUCUAGUUUUUGAAUGAUGCUACUCAUGCAGUGCCAAAAAAAUAGCUAAUUCAUUCAACUGUAUUGGAUCGUUUCCCAUGAACCAGGAUACAUGUUCUAACCAGACCUGAUUGGCUAUCAGUGACUUCUUUUAGAGCAUUCUUCUAGAACAUGCUUCCGGCUCUCAUUCAAACUGUAGAGUGUAGACUCGCAUCAUGAAACAGCACGUUAUUGAAAUAGUGUAGUUCCUGAGCUGCAGACGGACAGACCAGAUGGACAGACCAGACAGACACUGUGAGCUGUGAUGCAGGCAGAACCGCCUCCUGAUGUCUCAUAAGACCCCAUGGAAACUAUUGACUCAUUGAUGUUCAUGCGUUAUAUUAUAUUUUCAACAUGAGAGUUACUGUAUGUGAUGAUGGUGAUGAUGCUCCCUCCUAUAAGGACUGGUGGGUUCUAUGAUACUUGCUUAUUGGCUGAUUCAUGCCUGUAUGAAUGACAUGUGGGUGGAGUCUGGGGGUCAAACCCUUCCUAUGUUGACCACAGAGGAGAGAAUCGCUGCCACUCGGGGUGUAACGGUACACGUAUCGAAUCGGUACAGGGAGCACGGUUCGGUCCGCAUAUAUUAAAACAAUGAAACACUAGUCCGAUAGGCAAGGCCAUGAACUGCAUUGUAUGCCUCGAGUAAAUUUGAGCUGCAACAAACAUUUCAGGUUUUUCCAUUAAAACAACUAGAGCCUAUGUGCACCCUGUAAUCAACAUUUAAAUCUUAAAUGUCAAACAGGUAGUAUCCACUUUAUAUAAGCAAGCUAAAGUCGACGUUGUCAAUGACUUGGCAAGUGCAUCCUGUACUGCGCUUACUACAGAUGGAUGGACCUCCAGUGCUACAGAGAGGCUAUAACAUUACCCCGGAGUUCAAAAUGAGAAGUACCCUGUUACAGACACGCUCCCUUUAUGAGAGUCACACAAGUGUGCAUCUUUUUCUCUUUGUAAGAAAACACUAAAUACAAUGUCUGAGCCAUAUUUGCAUAUUGAUUUCAUGCGCAUAUUGCACUUUAUUUUAGCGUUGUUGUUGAUGAGUUAAUUUUCAUUUAAGAAAAUACAAAGUGUUUGUUAUUCCUGAUGGUGCUCUCAUCAGGCGUUAUAUGACUCACAAUCAUAUAUGGAUUCAGGAAUACCAACACUUUGUAUUUUAUGAAAUAAACAAACAUUUACUACAAAAACUGUUGGCAUUUCAUUUUCCCGCUGUACCAAAAACCGAACCGAAUCGUGAUCCCAAAACCACAAUACCAACUGAACCAUGGGUUUGGUAAACCAUUACACCCCUAGCUGCCACGUGAAUUUAAUGAAAACAAUAACAAUAAAUCAAAGAUACAGAGAAAAGGGUACAGAGGAAGAGCUGACAGAUUGAAAACCUCUUCAGCUAUUGCUCAUUUUUCCUCUUUAUUUUGGUUGUAUUUUUCUUGGGGGGAAAAAAUAUGAUAUUGUGGUUUGUUUGCAACUGCAAAAAAAUGCAGCUUUGUGUAAAAAUACAUGCAUUACUAUCCAAGCUUCACACUGCUCCUCAAAGCAACUUGUGUUUUCUCUGGAAAUGUGAUGCCUUUCAUAAAGCAAUAUACUUUGCAGUGUUUGAAUGACUAGGACCUCACAACUCACACAAACUGCACAGUUAACAAUGCACAGACAAUCAGAGAGAAACAGACGGGAAAUUGUAAACAGAAAGUGGUGCAGGGUCCAAUUACUUCCUGGUUCACAAGUUGAACUGGGACACAGGCUAAGUCAGUGGCCCUAGAAUGAUUCGUGACAAUCAGCAUAUUUGAUGCUAUCCGUUUGAAAAAGGCAAUGGCUGCACAGAAUGGCUAAUCUUGAUCAUAGAAUGAGUAGUUAUUUGCGAUGCAAAGUGAUUUGUAGUCAAUCUCAAACAUGCACUCUGCCGAAUGUCACCUUAUUCCACAAGAUACUUCUUAAAGCGCCCGUGUGGUAUUAUCUCUCGUAAGAGUGGUCACUCUUAACUCAGUUACAAACCAAUAACAACAAAUGUUGCACCAAUAGAAAAGAAGCUAUUUUACAGUACUAUAGAGGAUAAAAGGAUGUAUAUUUUCAGACUGCAUAAUUUUUUACAGAUAUUGUAUGCAUAUUAUGAAAAUGUUACUGUUUUACGUAAAUAACGGGGAAAAACAAUCUUUCCCUCAAUUUCAUUUGCAAACCACAACGACAUACUGUUUUACAUUUCUUUAGAUAUAACUAUGUGAACUUCAUGAACUAUAUGAUUCAUAGACAGAUUGCAGUGUUAGUUUCACCUUGACAAAAUAUCAGUUGGUUAAUGUAUGGAACUCUAUCAGUGGUGGCUGGUGGCAUGUUAAAUGGGGAAGACAGGCUCAUAGUAAUGGCUGGAACAAAAUCAAUGGAAUAGUCUCAAACACAUCAAACAUCUGGUUUCAAUGUUUUUGAUACCAUUCUAUCUACUCAUUAUUCAUCAUUCAUUAUUAUGAACUGUACUCCCCUCACCAGCCUCCUCUGAACUCUAUAUAUACUGUCAGGGGAAAAUACAAUACAUACUGCAAAAUUGGGCUGGACAAUUUGAAUAAAGACGUUAUUAAUGCAAGACCAGCUCCUUUUCUGACAGCAUCACCAACAUCAACCAAGCAAAUCCACUGUUAAAAUAAUAACCCAGAAUGAUUUACUUGUGUUUUCAUGUCUUAUUGUCUAAGCAGAUAAAUACCAACAAUUUGUUGUUCAUGAUGUAGUAAACAUUUAUCAAUGCUAUCUGGAAUAUUGGACAAGUCUUUGGAGAGAGUGAAAUUAUAGUGUGUGAUGUAAGUGUAAUUGAAUGAGAAUGAGUCUGAAUAUGAAAUGUUUUGGACAGAGUGCUUUGACUUGGGUGCCCUGGAAGAAAAGACAAGUUGCACAAAAAAAAUUGAGAUAAUAAUUAUGAAUUUGGAUUCUCAUGAUUAUGACGAUGUUUGCACUUAAUGUGAAUUGGAUGUUGAGAAUAAAGAUGGUUUUGAGAAAAUGUCA